AUGACGGAUAGACCUCACCUCAGUUAUCUCCCGUCGUCUCCUACUCCCCUCUUCUCAAAUUCACUCAACCGGCCAACCCCACGCCACCAGCCACCACCGCACGUCCGCACCAGCCACCUUCGCGCGUCCGCACCAGCAACCGUCCUCCUCACCUCCGUCCUCCGACACAGUCCUCCUCGACACGCCUCGCGCCUCCCCGUCUUCGAGACACCGCUCCGACGCAUCGCCGCCUCGACGUCCCGCGGACACCGCCUACUCGAGCUCGACGCCGACUCCACAUUUGCUCGCCCCAGCAAGGCCCAUGUUGCAGGCAAAAAAAAGGGGCGGGCCAGGGUGGGGCGGCCCACCCCGGCGCGGGCUAGGUCGCAGGGCGGCCUCCCUGGACCCGUCACGGGCCAGGUCGGGGCGCAGGACGAGGGUCGUGGGGCAGGUCCUGGUACUGAAGUACCCGGCCCGACUUGCCCCAUUGCCAUCCCCGCAGCCAUAAACGUACAGUGUCAUAACUUCAUUUUUCCCCUUUUCAUUACAGCAUUUGCCGUAAAAUCAUUUAUUGGGAGGGAGAAAAAUCCGAUUAGCUUUCAUCGGAGCCGGCGAUUGGCUUCUACUCUAAGAUUCGAGGCUUUCACUUCAUCUGUAAGGGAACUGAAAAUGGGGCAGGAUAAGUUUUUGGUGGUCACGGAUUUGGUAUCCUUAUCUGUAAGUGCAGUUCGUGAUGCUGUUAAGGGGUUAAAGGAAGGAGUUGAAGAUUUUGAUCCCCUUGUCAUUACUCAAGCUUCGUCCCAAAGUCUAAUUUCAGUGGAAUCCUCGUCAAUUGAUGGUAUUGUCUCUCUCUGUAAAUCGCUUGACUUUCCUAGCGAACAAUUGCUUGCUGACAUCUCAAGAAUUCUAAAACCUGGUGGAACUAUACUUCUUUCUUCGACCCGUGAAACUUCUCAGGGGCGAACGGUCAACUCUUCCCUUGAGCGUAAGUUGCUGCUUGCUGGCUUUCUGGACUUGAAAUCCUCUUCUGGUGGCCAUUCUUUCGGGGUCUCGGGAAAGAAGCCCACAUGGAAGAUUGGUUCAUCCUUUAUCAUUAAGAAAAUCUCACAAGCCUUACCCAAAGUUCAGAUUGAUGAUGAUGCUGAAUUGAUUGAUGAGGACAGCCUCUUGACUGAAGAGGACCUCACGAAACCCCAAUUACCACCUGUGGGUGAUUGUGAAGUUGGGAGCACAAGGAAAGCUUGCAAAAAUUGUACUUGCGGACGAGCUGAAGCAGAGGAAAAAGUGGAGAAGCUUGGGCUUACAAUGGAUCAGCUGGAUAAUCCUCAAUCUGCUUGUGGAAAUUGUGGUCUUGGUGAUGCGUUUCGGUGUGGUACAUGUCCCUAUAAGGGCCUUCCUCCAUUUAAGCUAGGCGAGAAGGUUUCUUUAUCAGGGAACUUCCUUGCAGCCGACAUUUAA